AUGACAACCAUCAAAACCCGCAUCUGCAUGAUAUCAGACACCCAUACAAGCACACCACACCCAUCCCAAAGAAUCGACUAUGCCUAUCGUUACCCCCUCCCUAAAGCAGAUAUCCUCCUCCACGCCGGCGACCUCACAAAAGUAGGGUACCGCGUCGAGCACGAAGCAAUGAUCGCCAUGCUCACCGAUGCCGACGCAGAGCUCAAACUCGUAAUAGCAGGGAACCACGACAUAACCCUAGACGAAGAGUACUUCACAACCUUCGGCUAUACUCGUCACAAACGCGCAGAGAAACUAGGCAAAGAAUCUAUCUUACUAUCGGACGACAACCUCCAGACCACCCUGCGCACCUCCUCUGCCAAAAGUCCAAACCCAGACUCCCUGAAAGCCUACGCCCGCUCUAUUAAAUCCCUCUGGACGAGCGAAUCUGCCCGAAAAGCAGGAAUAAUCUACCUAGAAGAAGGAAUUCACUCCUUUACCCUCUCAACAGGUGCUAAAUUCACGCUCUACGCUUCGCCCUACCAACCGGAAUUCUACAAUUGGGCAUUCGGGUAUCCCCGCGAUGAAGACCGCUACAACCCCGCCCCUGCUACACUUCCACGGCCUCAAAACCCAAUCCCGGAUUACCCGGCUAUUGACAUCCUGCUAACACAUGGCCCGCCCGCCGGAGUAAUGGACCAGGUCCCGCCUGAUUUGAAUGUUGGAUGUGAGCAUCUUCUGCGUGCCGCGCGCCGCGCAAAGCCACGACUGCACCUCUUUGGUCAUAUUCAUGAAGGGUGGGGUGCGCAGCGUGGGGUGUGGGAUGAUGAGGCAGGUGGAGGUGGUGUCAGGCUUGAAAAUGUACCCACUGAUGCGGAGGAUAUGCUGGAGAAUCGGGGCGCGUUCUAUGACGUUAGUGCUGGGGCUGACAGGCCGCUGCGUGUUGGGGAGGAGACGCUUUUUGUUAAUGGGAGCAUUGUGACGGUUAAUUAUCAGGCGAGGAAUGCGCCGUGGGUGGUGGAUUUAGAGCUUCCUGUUUCUGGGACAGGGGAGCUUUGA